AUGUCCUUAUUUAUACUGAACCAUGAAACGAAUUUUGAGCACAUAAUUGGCGUGCUGUUCAACAAUUGGACCGCGCUCAAAUUGGCUGUAGAACACGGCAUGGGUGGAUCGUCUGAAGUCAUGCAAUUCAAAAUAAGUGAUCUAAUAAAGAACAUACACGAGUGUCUUCGGAAGUCUGGUGACAACAUGUGCUGGACGAGUAUAUCUGAUAUUAUUGAAGACGUGAUGGAUGUUGGGUUUGAUGUUGUACUUGAAGAUGCUUCUGCCGAUGAUUUAAGUAAACAUAUUUGUAAUCUCUACUCUGAUUGGAACCAGUCGUUAGAUGGCCGAACAAAAGUUAUAGAUGAACUCAGAAGUUUACCUACAGUAAUUCCUAUUCAAAUUGUUCCAGUAAGACCAAUACGUGAAAAACAAAAGAAGGAUGAUUCAUCGUCUAGUGAAGAGUCUGAAGCCUGUGAUGAUGGAUGGACAGUGGUGAAACAUAAAUGA